AUGGAGGUAGCCGGCGGGGGCGGCUCGGGGUCGCCGCUGCUGCUGAGCGACGCCGAGCAGCAGUGCUACUCCGAGCUGUUCGCGCGCUGCGCCGGAGCCGCGGGCGGGGGCCCCUCCGGACCCCCCGAGGCCGCCCGCGCUGUCCCCGGGGCGGCCACGGCUGCUGCUGGCCCGGUGGCCGACCUGUUCCGGGCGUCGCAGCUGCCCGCCGAGACGCUGCACCAGAUCACCGAGCUGUGUGGUGCAAAGCGUGUUGGUUAUUUUGGGCCAACACAGUUUUAUGUUGCCCUGAAAUUAAUUGCGGCAGCGCAGUCUGGCCUCCCAGUGCGGAUUGAGAGUAUUAAAUGUGAAUUGCCUCUGCCUCGCUUUAUGAUGUCAAAGAAUGAUGGGGAAGUGCGAUUUGGGAACCCGGCUGAGCUGCAUGGAACCAAAGCUCAGAUUCCAUAUUUAACCACGGAAAAAAAUUCCUUCAAAAGAACGGACGAUGGGGAUAAACAGCAGGAAACACAGUCUCCCACGAUGUCACCCCUCGCCUCCCCUCCUUCUUCCCCGCCUCAUUACCAGAGGGUGCCCUUGAGCCAUGGCUACAGCAAGCUGUGGAGCAGCGCGGAACAGAUGCAUCCAGCUCCUUAUGAAGCCAGACAGCCCCUUGUCCCACCUGAAGGAACCUCGUCGGGGGGCCCUGGAACCAAGCCGCCUCGUCUUCAGGCCUCUCUUAUCCGGUCCUUUUCAGUGGAGAGAGAACCGCAGGAUAGCAACAGUAAUUACCCAGACGAACCCUGGAGGAUAACAGAGGAACAGCGAGAGUACUACGUCAAUCAGUUCAGGUCCCUGCAGCCUGACCCAAGUUCCUUCAUUUCAGGUUCUGUGGCUAAGAACUUCUUCACUAAAUCAAAGCUUUCCAUUCCAGAACUCUCCUAUAUAUGGGAACUUAGCGAUGCUGACUGUGACGGGGCCCUGACCCUGCCGGAGUUCUGUGCUGCGUUUCAUCUUAUUGUAGCCCGGAAGAACGGCUACCCGCUGCCCGAGGCCCUGCCGCCAACUCUGCAGCCAGAGUACCUGCAAGCAGCUUUUCCUAAGUCCAAGUGGGAGUGUGCAGCAUUUGAUUCGUAUUCAGAGUCAAUGCCAGCAAGCCAACAACCCCGGGACUUGCAUCGGAGUGAGAAGACAUCUGUUAAAGACAUGGCAGACUUUCCUGUUCCUAUCCAAGAUGUGACUCUCGAUGACAAACAAGCUUCGAAAAAUAUUAAGGAUGAAGCCUCACCAAAGGAUGUGUCGGAGGACUCAGCAACUCCUAAGGAUUCCAGCAGCCUCAAAGCAAGACCAAGAUCCAGAUCUUACUCUAGCACCUCCAUAGAAGAGGCCAUGAAAAGGAGCGAGGAUCCUCCUACGCCCCCGCCACGGCCCCAGAAGACCCAUUCUAGAGCCUCCUCCUUGGAUCUGAAUAAAGUCUUCCAGCCCAGUGCACCAGCUGCCAAGUCAGGAUCCUUGCCCCAACCACCUGCACUCCCUCCGAGACCUUGUCCGUCACAGGUUUCCCAGCACAGUGUAAACAGUGAGUCCAGUGCUCAGCCCAAGCCUCCAGCUCAACCCUAUGGGGAUUUCCGACUACAGGAGCAGUCUGAACAAACGUCUGAGGCUGAGGUGCACCCACAGUCAAGCAGAGGCCCUUCCCAGGCUGCAGAAAGUAGUCCAGCCAAGAAGGACAUACCAUAUUCCCAGCCCCCAUCAAAGCCCAUCCGUAGGAAAUUCAGACCUGAAAAUCAAGCUCCAGAAAACCAAGAGCUUCCUCCCACUGUAGGUGGACCAGCUUCUGCCCCAACCAUGAAACCCCAUCCAGCAGUCCAAAAACAGUCUUCCAAACAGAAAAAGGCUAUUCAGACUGCGAUCCGCAAAAAUAAGGAGGCAAAUGCCGUGCUGGCCAGGUUGAACAGUGAACUCCAGCAGCAACUCAAGGAGGUUCAUCAAGAACGUAUUGCUUUGGAAAACCAACUGGAGCAACUUCGUCCAGUCACCGUGUUGUGACUGACCUCCCAAGGUUCAAGCGACAUUUCCUGCCAAGAUCUUCCCUCCGAAUGUUUGAGCUCACCUCCUCGUCAUAAAUGUUGGACUCUGUCCAAAGCUGUGAGCAGCGGAAUAGAGUCCAUACCACCUUUUCUCAUGCGCUUCGCCUGUACGUUUCACUGUGGUGGAAAAAAUACUUCAACUGAUUGUCACACUUGAAAUUGUAGUUCUCGGUAGACUUUAUCUCCCAUUCUUAAGUAGUUCCCUCAAGGUGUUAGAUGCUGCUCCUUACCAAAAAUCAAUCUUCUAGCAAAUAAAAAAUAACUUAGAGCAUUAUUUAUUUAAAGAGUUAUGAUUUGUACAAGAUCUUAUAACCAAGUACCUUCAGGAUGCUUGUUUUAUUUUUGUAUGUAUAUCGUAUACAGUAGGUUGGUUUCCUGAAUAAUUGGGAUUCCAACUGGAUAGACUUUCGCAUGAUGGUAAUAAAAACAAACACAAAAAAUAAAACAAAAGCAUCAGAUUUAGACUGGCGCUGUGCCCUCCACCACUGUAUGCCAAAAAUUGCUUCUCUAGUGCCAUUUUGAUAUUAUAUCUACCUAUAAGUAAUACAUGACUAUUGUUUUGUAUUGAAUAUCAAAGACUCAUUGGAUCUUUACACCUCUGUAAAGCAGAGGUUUUGGCAAUGAUCUGUUUAACUUGGCCACGCUAGGCUGUCAACCCAGAUAACUCAGUCGUUCCAUGUAAAUUUUUGGGCAAGAGCAAUCUGCUUUAACUGCCUCGCCCUAUCAAAUUAAAUAAAUAGUUGCCAGAUCUUGACUUUUAUCCUGCAUAAGGACAGCAUAUCUGUAAAUACACGAGUUUGGAAACUACCCAUCAAAUACGAAAGGGCGAUGAGACUGUUUGGAUUGAUAAACAUUUGUUGUUUGGACUGAUGUGUCCAAACACGGGAAAAGGGGGAAGUGGUUGUUACUAACAAUCCAGCAACCUCUGGUAGUUACUUUCAUCUUUGUUAUUUUAACCUGGAUUGUGACUAUACUGGGUGUGAAGAAAUAAUGAAAGAAAGCCUGUCCUCACACUCAAUAUAUGACUGUUUUGUUCUCUGUGAAGCAUACCCUUGGGAAGUGACUGGGUUAGAGCCAAUUCGGAGGAACCCAAGUAACUCCA